AAGUGGAUGAAACACCCUAUCAGAAAAUUGUUAAAAGGAAUACCACUAAAGACCACCCGUAAAGUUACUAUUAUUUGAAAUUAUUCUUUCAUAUCAUAAACUACGCAGGGGAUACUCUUUGACAAUACCGGUUAUUUUCAUGUAAACAAUGGCAAUGUUGUCAUGACAAUAAACCAAGGGAAGAGCAAUGUCGCAAUAUGGCUGUGCCUGCUGGCAUCAAACUAGAGGAAGGGAGCAGUCAUUUUGUUUCUAACAGCUUUCCUGUUCGACAGAUAUUUGGAUCGUCUGAUAGUGCUGGAGCAUGGUUGGUUGCUCAUAGGACAGAACAAAUCCGACACUUAACCCAUCAACCCACUGCAGAACCUAAGACAUACGCACAGCUCAAGUAUGAGCGCAAGCAGAAGGAGAAAGAAGAAAGAAGAGCAAACAGGGACGGAAUCAAACAAGAUGAAGAAGAGGAGAGCACAACUCCUGGAGUUUUGGAUGGAUUCUUUUUGCUGACACACUGUUGCGUUGAAGACCCAACCGAUCUGUGCUCCAUCAAUAUAUCUGGACAGGAUUUGACUGAGGUCAAGCAAGAAGAUUUUGAACUCUUCAUUAAUGUUGCGUACGUCAAUGCUGGUGAAAACCUGCUACCAUUUGAUGCCUUCAACCAUUUCCCAAUCAUACGUGAGCUAGAGCUACCUCUCAAUGGCUUGAGAGGUAUUCAUUUAGACUACAACCAUUUCCCUUAUCUGGAGGUAUUGGAUCUAUCACACAACAAUCUGUCUAAGGAUGAUGUGGGUAAUCUUGGUCUGCUCACCAGCCUCAAGGUGCUGUACCUCACAGGAAACCAGCUUCGAUCAUUACCUCCUGAGAUGGGCAAACCGUUCAAAAUACAAAUAAGUGAGUCUGAGUCCAGUCGAAUGCCAAGGUUCUCUAAGCUAGAGAUCCUGAACCUAGAUGACAAUGCCUUACAUGAUCUUGCCAUAUUCACCAGUCUAGCUGGACUUAGAAAGCUGCGACAACUCAACCUUGAUAAGAAUGAGAUUGUGUCUGUGCCGUAUCUAAAAGCUUUGAGUGGUCGUCUAGUGGCUGUAGACAGUACAUCAGACUCCACUCUACGCAAGGGGCGACCCCGGUCCGGAAAGGGAAAGAAGAAGAGUGGGGGUAGCAAGGAGCUAGACCAGGAGGAGAGGAGUGAGGGGACCACACCAAAGGGCAGUCCACGGGGCACCCCACAGGACAGUGAGCUAGAAAAAGGUGCUGCCUCUGAGAUGUCCAACCUUCUUGAUGACAUUGAGGAGGAGGGUGAUCUCUUCGAUGCUUCUCAUGUCUUAGACGGCGAGAUGAACAAACUUCUUCCACCGUUCCCUGAGCUUACAUCUCUCAGUCUGGCUUAUAAUAAGAUAUCUGAGGAGGAGGGACUUCUAGGAGUAGCAGGCUGGCCCAUGCUUCAGGAGCUAAUCAUCCAUAACAACCCCCUCACCACCCGUAACAGCGGUGACCCUCCUCUUCUCAAGCGGUACCUAACCAGUAGGCUUGGUAUCCGUAUGGUCAGGAAGAAGCCCAGCAUGGUACCCAAGCCACCGGUUGUGGUACCAAACAAACCCCAUAGAAAGGUAGCAGAAAUAGUUCCACCCAUUCCCAAGAAACCACUGCAGCUGAUGCUUGAAGGUCCUACCCUAGACUCCAGACCAGCCCUUCCAUCCACAUCCCAAACCCCUCCACCAAAACAAUCAAAACACCCCUCCAGGGAGGAAUCGACUCGUCCAUCCUCACAGCCUCUACCACCCAUACAGAACAACCAAGAUGGGACCGAUCCAUUGCCUGAUAGGGAGGAUCAAGAGGAGCGGAUGGAGAGGACUAAGACAUGGACUGAGGAGAGCUUUGGUGAAUCAGAUGUUGAAGAUGAGUCCAGACCUGAGCCCAAGGCCAAGCCCAAAGACAAGACUGCUGAUGAACCUGUAUUCCUAACACAGGUGGAUGAACACCCCGAGGACGAGACCCCAAAACAAGAGAAACAUGCACCAAAGCCCCCCUCUCAGGCCCCUAGACCCCCAGGCAAACCCAAGACCCGGAAACACAGGGUGGACAGCGCCGUAUACUCCAUCAACGUCCCUCAGAAGUUCAAAGGUUACGAGAUGUUCUAUGAUGCACCGGAUGAUCCGGAGGUGUAUACUGCCCCUGAUAUCCAGAGCAACCUGAGGUCACUGCGCCUUGCAUUGAAGCAUUCUACCGUUUAUGGAGAGAACAAGGUGGAUCUACAGAGGCUACAGAAGCCAUUCAAACCAUAUCAAAAGAGCAAAGUUGCUGAGAAGCCUGCACACCCGACCAAAGCAGAGAAGCUGAGUGAUAUCCUGGAGGUGAUGAAGAGUAGAGAGACGUAUGUAGAGCAGAACCUUGGUGAGAUCCUAGCCGAUAGAGACAAGAUGAAAGACUUCCCUCAGGUCACUAGACUUCUUCAAGAGAUUCAGAACAAAUACAGCGCAGUGCGCAAUGCAUCCAUGAAGGAUAAACAGGAAGAGGAUGAACAGAUAGACCUGAUGAUACAGGACCUGGAACAACUUGAAACGACUAUGAAGUCAGCCCAGUCCUCUAGACAACCGUCUAGGGAGGUGGUUGCAGAAUAGAUCCGUUCUUAGUCCAACCUGUAUAGAGUACCGAAGCUGUGACAUCAUGACAAUUUAUUUCUAGAACUUCUCAAUUUUUUCUUCAUUUUCCGAAAGAGCAUCAAAAACAAUGUCUAAAUGUUGAAAACAAAUUGAAUAUCUUAAGUAUUGACUGAGAUAUGACCAUCUGAUUAAAAAGAUUGCCUAUGACUGAAAAUGAAGCAAAUAACACUGAGCUCCUAUGGGGAGUAUAUUUAUUCAGAUGGUCAUAUCUCAGCCAAUACUUAACAUAUUCAAUUGGUCUUCGACGUUCGGACAUUAUUUUUUAUGCUCUUUCGGAAAAUGAAGAACAAAUUGAGAAAUUCUAAAAAUAGAUUUUUGAUGACGUCACACUUCACCACUCUAUAACAGGCUUUAGCCCACCCUAGAGAUCAGUUCAUAAUCCUGCCUUUAGGAUGGUUCAUAAUCAAACAUGUAAAACAGGUCUUCGUUCCAAGUAUAGAAUAGUUCUUUUUCCAAAUUAGAGAACAGUUCCUAGUCCAUCCUGCAGAACAGUGUUUAGCCUAUUAUUUAGAACUGUUCUGAAGCCUACUUGUAGGACGGUUCUUAUAGUCCAAUGUUUGAUGCAGUUCUCGGUUUGAAUAGUUUCUCAUCUUCCUAAGCAGUUCUUAGUCUAAUCCAUAGAAUGGGUCUUGGUCCUACCUGUGAAAGCAGAUUGUGAUGUACCAUUUGUGCUUUCUGAACACUACUUCACCUUGAUUGUACUAUUGUAAUAGAUGACCAAUAUUUCUAAUUUUAUACAUGUGUAAAGCUCAUUAUCAAACUUUGUUUUUGUAUAAUUUAGUUUGAAUUGUAAGUGUAAGUUUGUGAUCUCAACCAUUGUUAUAUUUGCAAAGUUCAACUUCAAAGUGUGUAAGUGCUCUCUGCUGUGAAGACAAUUAAUUGAUGA